AUGUAUGGUGAACCAGAUUUUGCUGCUAUCCAAACCUGUCUCCGGGUUCUCAAUGUCGCCAAAUCAGCGUACCCCGCCGUCGUCUUACUUGUCUUUCUCAUUGCGUUCGUCACGCAUGGCAUCAAAACCGCACCCGAUGACGGGGACAAGGUCAAGAUUCACUCCAUGCGUGGGCCUGGAGGAAGACCUCUUCCGAUCCGCCGGAAAUCCGCCAAUCAAGUCAAAGAAGCUGCGGCAUUUAAGGACUUACCCAGUGGAACCCAAACAGUCGUCAAGAUCGGUCAAAUGGGUAUCAUCCUGACCUUCCUGGCAAAUGCCGGCCUCCUCCUUUUUGAGACCCUGUUGAAUCGAAAGGAUGAAUGGUGGCCUGGCCAAAAUGCGGUGAUCUACGUGAUAGCUUCGACCUUCGUCUGGCUUGUGGUCUUCAUCUCUAUUCUUGAUACGAAGCCUUCACCCAAUACUGUCCAUUUUGUCACUUGGCUCUCUGCUAUCCCUCUGGAGGUGGUCAUCAUCGUUGCCUGCCUCCAGAUUUACACCGUACCUCAUCAUGAGCCUCGAGUUGGGGAUCAACAAGGCGGAAAGUACAGAAAAUCGAUUACUGGUGGGGAAACCAUCGAGGUCAUCGUCAACCUGGUCCGGCUGGUUUUGCUCCUUGGACUCUCGUUACUCUUCCUAACCGUCAAGAUCAACGUGUUCAAACCCAAGGUUUCCGACUCCACAGAAUCCGGCGAAAGGACGCCUUUACUUGAUGCCACGGCUACGGAAACAGGUAUUCGGCCUAAUGGACAUGCUCAUGGCAAUCACCAAGAUGGCACAACUUCGGAACCUAAAGAGCACGUUGAUGCUUGGGCCAAACCAACCGAAGUUCCCAAUAUAACGUGGUACGCGUAUUUGCGAGGAUUUCUCCUCCUCGUACCAUAUCUCUGGCCCAAGAAGUCACUGAAGUUGCAGCUUCUGGCGGGGACCUGCUUCCUCAUCAUGGUGGGACAACGGGUGAUCAAUGUCUUUGUUCCCGUGAUGGUGGGCAAAAUUACAGACGCAUUAUCUGGCGACGAUGGCAAAGGCGUCCGAGCACCUUGGCUCGACAUUGCCCUGUAUAUCCUGUUCAGGUGGCUUCAGGGAUCUCAAGGCAUUUUUUCGGCGGCCAGGUCAAUUCUCUGGAUCCCGGUUGAGCAGUAUUCAUACCGUGCCAUCUCCACGGCCGCAUUUGAACAUGUCCACGGUCUCAGUGCGGAAUUUCACACAGGUAAGCGAACGGGUGAAUUGAUUUCAGCGUUGAACAAGGGGAGUUCGAUCAACUCAUUCCUGGAAAUGGCCACCUUUCAAGUCGGCCCCAUGGUUUUUGAUCUUGUUGUGGCCAUGGUCUACUUGACGAUCAAGUUCGACGCUUACCUCGGUCUGGUUGUGGCUAUUGUCACGUUUCUCUACAUCUACGUUACCAUCCGCCUUGCCUCGUGGCGGGUGACUUUGCGCCGGAACUACGUCAACGCCGAUCGAGAAAUGGAAGCAGUCAAAAACGAUUCUCUCCAUUCCUGGGACACCGUCAAAUACUUCAACGCCGAAGAGUACGAAUUCAACCGCUACAAAUCUGCCAUCAAGACCAUGCAGAGCUUCGAGUACUGGGUCGAUGUCACUUUGGCGUACAUGAACACCGUUCAGGGUGCGCUCUUCAUGGUGGCAUUGCUGGUUGCCAGCUUCAUAGAAGCGUUUGAGGUCGCUCAGGGUGACCAGACCGUGGGUAAUUUUGUGCUCCUCAUUACCUACAUGGCGCAAUUACAGGGUCCUUUGAACUUUUUCGGAACAUUCUACCGAUCCAUCCAGUCGAAUCUGAUUAACGCCGAGAGGAUGUUGGAGUUAUUCAAAGAGCAGCCCCAUGUGGUUGAUCGCGAGGGAGCAGAAACCGUAGAUGAUUGUUCUGGAGACAUCAUUUUCGACAAUGUGACUUUCAGCUAUGACAAGCGAAGACCUGCCCUCGACCGAUUAUCAUUUCACUGUCCUCCGGGGACGACAACGGCUCUCGUGGGCGAAUCAGGUGGCGGGAAGAGUACCGUGAUGAGGUUGAUCUUCCGCUACUACAAUCCCGAAUCUGGUCAAAUCAAGGUUGAUGGCAAAGAUGUCCAGGAUAUCACAAUCGACUCUCUGCGCAAGUUCAUUGGAGUCGUCCCGCAAGACUGCAACAUGUUCAAUGAAUCGAUCAUGUACAAUCUACAAUAUGCCAAUCAAGACGCCUCCCGGGAAGAUAUUUACAACGCUUGCAAAGCUGCCUCGAUCCAUGACCGGAUAAUGGAAUUCCCCAAUGGUUACGAUACUAAAGUGGGUGAAAGAGGGGUGCGUUUGUCAGGCGGUGAGCGUCAACGAGUUGCGAUUGCCCGAACCAUUCUCAAAAAUCCACGCAUCACCAUGCUUGAUGAGGCAACCGCCGCUCUGGAUACCGAGACGGAAGAGAAAAUCCAGGAGUCAUUCAGCACUCUCGCUGAAGGGCGAACGAUGAUCAUCAUCGCUCACCGCCUUAGCACGAUUGUGAAUGCUGAUCAGAUUCUUGUACUAUCUCAUGGCACCGUCGUUGAGAGUGGCACUCAUGAAGAACUGAUCGCUCUGGGGGGAAAGUAUUCCAGCAUGUGGCGAAAACAGUCUAGGGCACAGAAGGCCGCUGCAGAGGCUGCCGAGUUGAGGACUAGGGCUAAGAAGGCACUGGAAGAAGCCGAGGCCGACAGUGCCAGCGUCAGUGAAGAAGAACUCGAGCAUGCUAAGAAGAGAGACAAGACAUUCGUCAAAGGACAUAAGAGGGUCAAUUUCAGCGAGAGUAGUCAUUUGCGGGCAAGCUGGCCAGUAGAUGAUCAAGACGGGGAUACUGAUGAGAGAUCCGACAGCUCUCAAAUUAGUCAAGACCAUGGCCAUCCUGGCAAGCCGCCAGGACAUCCUUGA